AUGACUCACAGCGGGGCCACGUACUCUGGAUCCGGCAGGGUGCGACUGGAUCAGCCCCUGGCCUAUAGGGACGAACAAGGCAACCUGCAGCUGUACAAACCGGGCGAGGCGCCAACCAUACUGAAACCAAUGACCCCUCAAGAAACGGAAAUUGAAAGCUCUGAUACACACAGCUCCAUGUCCAUCAGAGACGAGAGUCAAGUCGGAGAGGAGGGCCGGAAAUCCGGUGUCGGAGAGACAUACACGCCAGUGAUGAAUCCUCCGCGUUUGUUGUCAAGAAAUGCACAGACUAGUUUCGUCUCCCAAGACGAUGAAAUCGUGGUUCCAGUUUCCCCUGUACCGGAAGUGAAGACCGCGAGGAGACGCAGGAAGGACGUCAUGCGCAACGACAUGGUGUUCAAAGAAAUCGACCAGCACUCAAUGCGGGCGCCCCCCUUGACUAAGGAGAGCCUUCCCCGGCUGGUCGAGUACCUCGUGGCAUACGCCGACAACUCGUUCGAGAAGGUUCGAGCCUUCUACGUCUGGAUCACUCACAACAUAAAUUAUGACACAUCCGGGUACUUCAACCGUGCGCCACUGCGUCCCACCGACCCGGACUCGGUACUGGCUAAUCGCGUGACUGUCUGCGAGGGCUAUUGUAGACUGUUCGCUGCGUUUUGCAGUGAAGCAGAGAUUCCGGCUAAGAUCAUUUGUGGCUACGCAAAAUCAUACGGCUAUCAGCCUGGCGAUGACGUAAUGAGCGAUAGUCACAACGCACAUGCGUGGAAUUCAGUAUACAUCGACAACGAUUGGUUCCUUGUGGAUGUCACGUGGGGAGCAGGAUUCGUGAAGUCAAAGGAGAGAAAAUACGUAUCAAGGUUUACAAACGCGUAUUUUCUGACAGAUCCAGAAGUGUUUAUCACAGAUCAUUUUCCUUUCCCGGUGAAAUCAUUUGAACGCUACGAAAGCGAUACAAAGUGGCAACUGCUGGAGAAGCCUUUGUCCGCAUUGGAGUUCUGUUCUGUUGUGAAUUUCGACCAGUGUGGUAAGGACUGGGGCAUUCGCAGUCUUACGCAUCAUAAAGCGAUAAUUUAUAACAUCGAGUAUGAAAUAGAUAUCGAAUUAGAAACAAUGCACACAAACAUAUCAGACUUUCUUGCAUUCCUAUACGAAGGGGAGCGGAAAAUUGACAACUUCAUUUUCGCGUAUAUGCCGACGGAUAAAACAGUGCGCGUCCAUGUCUGUAUGCCUGGGCGAGGGGUAUUCACCCUGCAAGUUUAUGCACGCAGACAACGAGACAGUCCACAUGGUGACUUCCAGCCAAUUGUAAAAUACAUUUUGCAGUGCAACAAAUCAUUUGAUCAGCCUUUAACUUACCCAACCCACCACACGUUGUAUGGGCCCGUUAAAGAGUUAGCGAAAUACGGCAUUGACAGCAUAGAGCAAGGCGUGUACCAUGUUGCAGACGACGGGGAGAUCAUAUUUUCUAGCCGUUAA